UUUUACAAUUUUAUGCAGAAAGCUUUCGAGGUGAAAGAUGAAUCCAAAUGUGGAAACAGAUGUGCCAAGAAAUAAGAAGAAACAAGCGAUUGCCAUGUUCUGUCGUUCUCAACAAGUUCUGACGAAGAAACUAAAAAAUAUUGACGUGGAAUGUACGAAAGCGUUAUCAGGAAUUGACCGUGAUCUCGAGAAGACCAGGGCGUCCCUCAAAGCAUUCAGGGUUAAUCAGUUGGGACCUAAGUCUAGUUCUCUUGACAGUCAACUAUCAUUCCAUAAACAGGACCUCGAACAUACCCCUUAUCCCCCCCGGAGAAGAAGUCAGCCACAUCUAGCAUUUGGAAAUGAUGGCCCGUUGAAAGCAUUUGCAAGACGUCGAUCGUUGGUGACGAAUGCCCGACCGCAAGAGGCAGUGAGGAGAAAUAUUGGAAUAAACCAAGGAGACAAAGGAGGUAGAAAAGAUAUGAAGAUGGAUAAAAUGAGUGGACAAAAGAUGUCUGACAUCAAUCAUAACUUGGGAGAGAAGGAUUUCAACGUGGAGGUGAAAGAAACAGAUCAAGCAGUGUCAGGCAGUUUACCAGAUGACAAGCGUUUUGAAGUGAAUUAUGAGAUAGAAACAGAAGUGGCCAUGACUCAGGGGAAUCUGGAUACGAAACUUGCUGUGUUCCACGGGAAAAUUGGCAGUGAAAUGCAAGAAGAACUGGGUACAAACGAGAGUCAGGAUCAAUCGAGUUGGCCGAGCAAUCCUGGAAAUGAAGAUAAAAACGACAGCGAAGCUUGGAAUGAAGGAAGAAGCCCUGGUGACACGUUAAGAGAUUCCUGGACAAAUGAAGACGUUGAACUUUAUGAAACCGUCGACGAGAACCGUCUCCUGCCAACUAAAGCAAGCCUUGCACCAGAGGAUUCAUCUUCACCGAUAUUUCGGAAACGAUCGGAAAGACGGCGUGCCAGCUUACCAAAUCUUAUAUACAGCAGAUCUGACACAGCUCCUCCUAAGUCAAUGAAAAUGAAAAUAAGACGAAGCCCCAGUUUGGAAAGCAUAAAAGAAAUAUUUCAAGAAAAUACACGGAAUUUCCCGUCUUCAAGACUAGCGCUGAGGCCACGUCGUAGCUCAAUAGCAGGUAUAACUAUGAUUUCGCAGCCUGGGUUUGAAUCUUCGCUGAACCAAAGUCUACCAGAGUUGAACAAAACCUCUCCUCGAGGGUCAUCUCAGGAUCAUCACGUGCAAGAAUCAUUGCGCAAAAUCGGGAGACGAAUGUCAACCGCUGUGACUGGACAGUAUCUUGAGAGGAGAUUGCUGGCGCAUCGCGGGGUUAAAAUGCCGGCCACUACACGAUCAACAACGAGAGAGUCCUGGCCACCACCAACCAGAACUCCUGCUCCCAAUGAACUGGGUAUGAGUGACCUUGAAGAAUGUCGGUAUUUACGAAGACGUACAUCUAAGUAG